GGGUGGGAGUUUGCUCCAAACUUUGUUUAUGGGACAGUCUGGGAGCUGCGGCGGUCGCGCUGUCUGUGCCUCCUGCGCCUCCCUCUCGCCGAGAGCGAGCGCCUAAGGCCGGCUCAGGGGAUGUGAGAGCCGAAGCCCCUAGGCUGCACCGAGUCGGUUCGAGAUUUGCCAUUCCGGCCGGCUACAGCCCGGCAAGCUCGGGACGCAUCGGAGCUACCCAGGCCCGACGGCGAGUUUGGGCGGGACGGCGGUCGCCGCGCGCCCAGGCUCGGCUUCGCUGCGCGCCCAGAAAAUGAAUCCGGCUUCGGCGCCCCCUCCUCUCCCACCGCCCGGGCAGCAAGUGAUCCACGUCACGCAGGACCUUGACACGGACCUCGAAGCUCUCUUCAACUCGGUGAUGAACCCUAAGCCGAGCUCGUGGCGGAAGAAGAUCCUGCCGGAGUCAUUCUUUAAGGAGCCUGACUCGGGCUCACACUCGCGCCAGUCUAGCACCGACUCGUCGGGUGGCCACUCGGGACCACGGCUGGCCGGCGGCGCUCAGCACGUCCGCUCGCACUCGUCGCCCGCGUCCCUGCAGCUGGGCACAGGCGCGGGCGCAGCGGGCAGUCCCGCGCAGCAGCAUGCGCACCUCCGCCAGCAGUCCUACGACGUGACGGACGAGCUACCGCUGCCCCCAGGCUGGGAGAUGACCUUCACGGCCACUGGCCAGAGAUACUUCCUCAAUCACAUAGAAAAAAUCACCACAUGGCAAGACCCUAGGAAGGCGAUGAAUCAGCCCCUGAAUCAUAUGAACCUCCACCCUGCUGCCACUUCCACGCCAGUGCCUCAGCGGUCCAUGGCAGUGUCUCAGCCAAAUCUCGUGAUGAAUCACCAACACCAGCAGCAAAUGGCACCCAGCACCCUCAACCAGCAGAACCACCCUACUCAGAACCCACCAGCAGGGCUCAUGAGCAUGCCCAAUGCGCUGACCACUCAGCAGCAGCAGCAGCAGAAACUGCGACUUCAGAGGAUCCAGAUGGAGAGAGAGAGGAUUAGAAUGCGCCAAGAGGAGCUCAUGAGGCAGGAAGCUGCCCUCUGCAGACAGCUCCCCAUGGAAGCUGAGACUCUGGCCACGGUUCAGGCUGCUGUCAACCCACCGGCUAUGACCCCUGACAUGAGAUCCAUCACUAACAAUGGCUCAGAUCCUUUCCUUAAUGGAGGGCCAUAUCAUUCGAGGGAGCAGAGUACCGACAGCGGCCUGGGGUUGGGGUGCUACAGUGUCCCAACAACUCCAGAAGACUUCCUCAGCAACGUGGAUGAGAUGGACACAGGAGAGAACACAGGACAGACACCCAUGAACAUCAAUCCCCAGCAGACCCGUUUCCCUGAUUUUCUUGACUGUCUUCCGGGAACAAAUGUUGACUUAGGAACUCUGGAAUCCGAAGACCUGAUACCCCUCUUCAACGAUGUAGAGUCUGCUCUGAACAAAAGUGAGCCCUUUCUAACUUGGCUGUAAUCAGUCUCAAUGUGACCUGGAUGCAGCCAUGACCUCACAUUUCCUGGGCCUCAUGGAAAAGCGGCCGAGCAAAGCAAUUUCCAGGUGCAUCACUUUCUGCCUCCAGGGCUCAUGCUCUCUCCUUUCCAUGUGGCCAGUUUAAUCAUUGCCUGGAUUUGAUUGACAGUGAUUUAAUAAAUAAGUAUUCUAUGUUCAUUACAUUUUCAAAUUUUCCCUGCAUGUCUGCAAGCCUGCAUUCCUAUGGCAGAUUAUGCAGAAUCAUUUCUGCAGAAUUGACUGUGCAGAAUUGUCUGUCCUUUUUUCUCUCUGCUGCCCCAUGACUAAGCUUUAUGGGUGUUAAUUGAAAUUUAUAGAUCAGCUUAUUAUAAACUAUAAAAAGCUGACCGCAGGCAGUGACUUCUGAUGGCUGGCUUGGUCCAGGAAAUGUGCACAAAAUUAGACCAGAUUUACAGUUUCAAAAACUGUAUUGAUGAUAGUAGUACCAAAUGCUUUAAAAAAUAUUUGUCUUGAGCUUUAAAAUCAUUGUAUGGAUAGUAAAAUUCUACUGUAUGGAAUACAAUGUAGUUUUGAAUCCCUGCUGGCUCUGAUGGCUUUUAUUACUCUGUAUUUACAAACGCACACACUGUCCUACUGUAGUUUAUCCUGUAUCAUUUUACUGCAUAGCAUCUAGACAGCUUGUCCUUCCAGGGAAAGUAAUAGCAUCAAUAGUCAUGACUUUUACACUACACCUCUUGUGAAAGAGACCAGUUUGGUACUAAUUAUGAGCAUAUACUAAAAAAAUUUUGAAAUCGCAACUUGGAUGCUUUUUAAAAUUGCGGCUUAGAAUUUGAUGUUUAUUUUAUAAAGCACUGUGACUUUUUGGCUAAUGACAAAGGGCAGCCAAAUGUUUUUGAUAAAUCGGUGGCAACUAUAUUUUUAUCUUUUGAAAUUACUCUAAAAACAUUAGGAAAACACAGCUUCCAACCUGAUGGUAAAUGCAAUAAACAGUGGUUUUUUAAGUUCUGAAGCCUUGCCAGUUUUGCUUUCAAAAUUUGAAGUGUUUAAAAUGAUUUUAUCUAUGAAACCAUUGGAAGGACGAAGCAAAUCUCUGAUGUGUAAAAACAAUGUCCUCUGAGGGCAUAUGGUGGAGACGUGUUUCUGAAUUCAAUGAAAUGGAUCCCAGCGUAUAUUAUCCUAACCUUGUUUGCUACAGUUGGUAUAAAAAGGCAUGACAUAUGUACCCAAUACCUCUUAUGUAACCAAGAAAGUUUUGGUUUAUUAUUAUUAUUAUUAUUGGUAUUAGCUUUUAAGGACUGAGUGUGAGCGUCAGGUUCACCUGGCAUGCAGUUUGCUUGCAAUGCCAAUGAAGUCCUCAACUGUUGAGUAUUUUGAACUGACAUUAUUUAUGAUCUAUGAACUUAAUCUCUUUAAAAUGCAUUGUUUUUGAAAGACAUUAGUAAUUCAGGUCUCUGAGAGGAACCUUUCAAUUCCCAGGGGGGUGCUUAUUUGUUGGGGAUCUUAAAUAAGAUCCUUUUUGAGAUACCAGAAUAUAGAGUAGAGAACACAAUUUAUCUUGUUGGGAAGAAGGCAAGUGAAAAGGUCAGAGAUGAAGUAGUAAAGUUAUGGAAUAUAGUGAAAAGGGUAUUAGUUGUGAAACGGAAAUAGAAAAGUAAUAGGACCCCAAAAAUCAAACAAGCAGAUGUGAGAGGUGCCCCCAAAGAGCAAAGCAACAAUUUUCUACUACAACCUUUGUAUGAAAAGACUGUUGUAGGAGAAAAGGAGGCUUUGGUGCACUUUACGUGGGAGGAAGAGGGGCAGUACUGGUGUUGCCCUGUCCAGCUGAUGCUGAGCAUGUAGGUAGGUGAGAGCUGUUGCUUCCAACCCAAUGAAGUGAUUUUUUUUUUUUUUUUUUUUAUUAAAGGACCCAUGGUUUAUGUUCCUCUGAUUACUUUGCCUCUCUAAGCACUCCUAGAGAGAUGGGGCUAGAUGUUUAUGUUGCCACUAAAUUGAAGGGAACACUAUUCUUUUUCUCGUCUGUUCACAAUAAUUGCCAAAUGAGCUGUACAUUCUUUCUAGGAAAAACAAAACAAGGGACCUAAUAAAACUGAGCAGUGUUACUGUAUUUUAAAAAAAUAUUUUUAUAGACUCAUUUUCAGGUUUUUAAAGUGAAAAGAAACAUACACCCCUUUUUUUUAAGUAGUUAAAACCAUGAUGAUUUAUAUUACCAGGUUUUAGAAGUAAUUCUCUAGUAUGCUUGUGGCAUUAGAAAAUACUAGAAAAACUUUUUUAGUGAAAUUAGUUGGAACUUUUAUUAAUGAACAUAAUAAAUGCUUUUCCAGAAUAAAAUAUGGACCCUGACUUUAUGUUUACUUAUAGAUAAAACCAGAUAUAAUUUUUUGUUGUUUUUUUAGGUCAUAUGAUAUGGCCUUUGUGAAAGAACACUAAAGUUAGAAAUGUUAAUGUAAAAGAAAUUGUUAAUAGAUACUUCCUAUUAUUGUAAGUGUAAAAACCCCUGCAGAAUUCACAAUAAGGUGCUAUUUAUACUAUAUUUCUUAUUAUAAAGCAACUGCCAGGAUAUCUAGUGUUUUUAGUCCUAAAUGAAUCAAUAAAUUUCACCAUUUUGCCCAAUAAUUUUGCCAUAGUUAAGGUAUAUUAGAAAGUGAGAUUAAAAAAUAAUUUUACAGAUCUUUCUUUCAAGAUUUUUGUUUCUUACAAAAUAUUUUCCAGAAGUAAUUACAUUGUCAAAACCUAUUUGCAAUUCUGUUAAAUCUAGGUAAUUAUUAGACAGUAUUUCACCAUAGUAUUUAGGAUGUGAAAUGCCAUUUCUUUUACAGAUUAUACAAUAUAUGGAAAGCAUGUAAAAGAGAGAAAAAAAAUUAGUGUGCUAGGAAGGCUGUUGACAACAACUUGUUAGAAGAGCUCUCUGUAGAAGAUGAUCUGGAGUGAGAGGACUGCUAACAAGUUGUGCUCUCAUGAUGUAAUUAGAAAGUAAAUUCUGAAAGUGCAACUUUUAUGAACAAAAAAUAUGCUGUUAAAGAAAAAGGAAAUUGUAGAUUUAUUUAAUUGGGAAAAUAGGUGAUUGGCAGAGACCAUUUCCCUAAUACACUACAUCAUUUACGUGCUAGUACUUUAACUCUUUUAAAAAUUUACUUCUACUUUUUGUAAUACAACAUGUUUUUUAUUUUUAAUUUAGAGUGCUCUGUGUACCGAGAGAAUGCAGCCAAAUGAAUCAGAUCAAACUAUUUUACCUGGAGUUUGGUACUGGUUUUUACUUCUCUGAUUCUGUAUAAGAAAAAUAAAUACAAUUGAAUUUCCA